GACACAUUGAUAUAUAGACGAUUUGUUAUACCCGGGAACUUGCAAACAUUUCUCUACGUGACUGAGAAACUGAGAAAAAACGCCAUGUCGUACACGAUCGAGGGGAUACUGGGUCUGAAGACCGAGAAGAAGCACGAGUCGUCCUCGGAGGAGAAGUCCGGGGACACCGAGGUCGGGAGCGACUCGGAUCGGCAGACGAUGUCUCCUGCCGAACCAAAAGAUGUCGUCAGUACCACGCCUGCGCAGAUCUACCCUACGUCAGCCGUGCCACCACGGCGAAAACCUCGGCGCAUGCGCGUGCGCACCAACUUCACGAGCUGGCAGCUGGAGGCCCUGGAGCGAGCAUUUGAGACGACCCACUACCCGGACAUCUUCAUGAGAGAGGCUCUGGCGCUCAGACUGGACCUCAUGGAGUCACGGGUACAGGUUUGGUUCCAGAACCGCCGUGCCAAAUGGAGGAAACAGGAGCGCGCUAAGGAACAGGAGAGGAGCAAGCUGCGGGACAACGGCGCCAGUCCGAUCCAGCUCAGCACCACCAGCAUCCCCACCUCGGUGGUGAGCACGGACAGCUGUCCCCGCCGCGCCCUCUCCGCGCCCUUCAUCACCGUCCUGCCGCCCGUCCUGCCGCCCAUCGUCCGCAGCCCGCCCAUGUGUCUCACCGGAACCGGAAGUGACGGCAGCGGGCGGGACCGACAGACGUCGCUGGAGGAGCGGAGAUCGUCGUCCAUCGCGACGCUGAGGCUCAAGGCCAAGGAGCACAUGGAGAGUCUGAAGAUGGCCGGGGUGUCGCCGGUGUACGCCGCCGGGGAGAGAGAUGACUAGAACACGUUUGAAGCGUUCUCGUGGAGAAGAACGGCUAGAACUCUUACGUUUCUUAUUGUUGCAAAACCAUAGUCAAACUCACACUUAAAGUAAAGCCAUUGUAAGGGUUUCUAGAGUGAAAGUCUUGUCUGAGGUGUCCCAGAGAUGAAGUCGAUUGACUGUAAAGUGUAUUCUUGUACAAAUGGAGAAGAGCCUUUAUAUGUUGUCACUGC